AUGAGCCAACUUUCUAAGAUCGCAACAAGGUCUUGGGACAAAGAAUCACAAGAUAUCAAAGAUUGUUACAAUAAGCUAGUUGAGGAUGCUAAAUCUUUGUAUAAGCAAAACAACGUUCAAAUCGUAUUUGAUAAGCAUAUGAAUGAAGUUGAAAACAAUCAGAAAAGCGCAGAAUCGGACUACGCCAAAAGAGACAUUGAGAUUUUUUCUUUUGAAAAUACAACCUUUACACAAAAUUCAGCAAGUGGCUUUCUCCCUACUCAGGAAUCUACCAUCGAUGUCCAUUCCUUCCAUUAUAAUAACGUUAAUUUUCCGAAUAGAAGUUCUACUUAUGGUCCACCAGUUAAUUACCCUCUCAAUUACGCUUCUGAAGUUCCAUAUGAAAUGAAUACAACGAGUAACGAUCGAGAAGAAUAUAUUAGAAUUUUGGAACAAACGAUUUAUUAUUUGCUUUUAUCAUAA